AGGGUAACGGCCGGCCCGGCCCGGCGCAGUGCAGUGCGGCGUCUCCUUCCCCGGCCGCCAUGAACCGCCUGCUGCUGCCGCUGCUGCUGCUACGGGCCGGCCGGAGACAGGCUGCCGCCGCCGUGCGCUGUUACCAGGUCCGGGCCCGCUUCAGCAGCGCCACCCGAGGCCCGGACAUGGACGAGAUCCUCCGGCGGACGGUGGAGGCCUGCGAGCCCCGCGACAAGCCGGCGCUGGCCGUCCUGUACGAGGAGCAGACGCGGGAGUUCGUGCGCUUUUACCGCGGCCUGAGCGCCGAGCAGAGGCCGGGCUUCCUGGCCCGGCUGACGGCCGAGUGCGGCGUGGAGCACGGCCGGGUGGGCGAGCUGUGCGGCCGGGUGGCCGAGGCCCGGGGCAUGGGCCCGCUGAUGCAGGCCGAGCAGCGGCUGCGGAGCUCCCUCACCCCCCGCUACAGCGUCCUCAUCGGCCGCAUCUGCGGUCUGGAGGACGGCGUCAAGUUCAUCGUCGACCUGCGGGCCGACGUGUUGCGGUGCCUGGAAACCAAGGCGGCGGACUGUCCGCACAUCAGGGAAAUGGAAGAGACAUUGAAGAAACUGCUUUCAAAUUGGUUUUCUAUAGGAUUCUUGAAAUUGGAGCGCAUCACCUGGCAAUCUUCGUGUGAUCUGCUGGAGAAAAUUAGUCAAUAUGAGGCAGUGCAUCCUGUCAGAAGCUGGACUGAUAUUAAACGUCGUGUUGGACCUUAUAGAAGAUGCUAUGUUUUCACACACCGUGCUAUGCCUGGGGAACCUCUGGUAGUUCUACAUGUGGCACUAACAGAUGAUAUCUCUAAAAAUGCACAGACUAUUGUUGGACGAGAUCCUUCUCCCGAGAUUACUGAAGAUGUUAACAAGAUCACCACAGCUAUUUUCUACUCCAUCAGCUCAACACAGCCGGGACUGCACCAGGUACACCUUGGAAAUUACCUCAUCAAGCAAGUAGUAAAAGAACUUCAGGGCGAAUUUCCUCACAUGAAACAAUUUUCCAGUCUGUCUCCUAUUCCUGGCUUCACAAAAUGGCUAGCCGGAACCAUCAGUGACCAAAUGAAGGAAGGAACUACGAACCGAAUCCUUACACAAGCUGAAAGCAAAGAGAUCCAGGAAAUCGUGGGAGGACCUGUGCUAGAAACACUUAAGCGGCUGCUCAUCACUAAUGAAUGGGUGAAGACUGAAAAACUUGUUCGAGUUCUUGAGCUGCCACUUAUGAGACUUUGUGCCUGGUACUUGUAUGGAGAGAAACAUCGCGGGGCUGCUCUUAAUGCAGUAGCUAACUUUCACCUUCAAAAUGGUGCUGUGAUGUGGCGAUUAAACUGGAUGGCAAACACAAGUCCUCGUGGAAUUUCAUCGUCGUCUGGAAUUAUGGUAAACUACCGCUAUUUCCUGGAAGAUACCAAUUAUAACAGUGUCCAGUACUUGAAAACAAGACAUAUUGAAGCAUCCAAACAAAUUUUAAGUCUUGUAGCUCAAUUUCAGAAAACCAGUAAGCUUUAGUGCUUUACGGAGAAGAAAGGAGAUAAUUUAAUCAGUUUAAAAUUGCUUAUUAGCAUUUGAAUAAAAAAUUGCCGCAAAAAUUGUAUUUGUGGGAAAUUCAUUGUGGUGCAGCCAAUUUUAAUACGAUACGAAACUAUAAAACGUUAUUCAUCUCAGGAGGGAAAUUGAUCAUGGUUUGUUUGUUUAUAGUAUUUCAUGUAUGUAAUGAUGAGCAUCAAUAUUAAAUAGUAUAUUUAAUAAUUUUCUAUUAUUGGAUCGUACAUUUAACUAAAAUUUAGCUUGCUUAAUUAGAACUAAUAUAUGCCAAUUUUCAAGACAAGACAAUGAACAGCCAAAUGGAGCUUUGAUGUACAAGCAGGGCAGAAUAAUCAACUCUGUUUAGUAAGAAUCGCUUUUCAACUUUGUGAAGCCUGAUGGUGUAAGAGGAAAGUAUUAUUAUCUUCUACGUGGUUUCAACGUACUUUUUCAGAGUUAAAAAGCUUUCGGUACUGACUGAGCAUUUUGCAACCUUUUAGCUGAUCAUUAGUUUAAACAAGGCCAUUACAGGGAAGCAUCAGUAAUGCCAACAGCACUCAAACACUUUCAUAUCCCACCACUGAAAAGUCUAACUCGGGGACAGCGUGCCAUUAUAAGUAAUUGCCUCAAGUAGAGAAUUGCUCACUGGCGCACUAGUGUCACCCUGCCCUUUUUAGUUAUUUGUGUUACCUCAGACUAACUCUUCAUGGUCUAAAUUUGUGCUCAUGGUAAGCAGGCUGUUUCCAUAAAUUGAUCAUUUCCUUUGUGACCUUAAAUUUGCAUUCUUUUGUAUGUUAUGACAGGCGUGACAUUUCAUAAUUACCCAUUUUAUCAUGGAAUAAUGUACUGGAGACCAUGUAGGCUGUCCAAUACAUUGAGCGUACUCAAGAUAAAAAAUGUUGAAGAAUAACAAUUUCAUACUUGCGUGAGAUAUCUUGUCUAGUCAAACGAAGUCCAGAGGGGCGGCACGGUGACGCAGCAGUAAAUUUGCGCGCUUGCAGCGCCAAAGACCCGGGUUCAAUCCCGACAACGGUUGCUGUCUGUAUGGAGUUUGUACGUUUUCCCUGUGAUCGCGUGAGUUUUUCCUCGGUUUCCUCCCACAGUCCAAAGACGUACAGGUUUGUAGGUUAAUUGGCUCGGAUUUGUAUAAUUGGUAUAAGUGUAAAUUGGCCCUAGUGUGCGUAGACUUGUGUUAAUGUGCGGGGGUUGCUGGUCGAUGCGGACUCUGGGCUGAAGGGCCUCUAAAGCUAAACUAAUACUAUUGAUUCGUCUAAACAACUUUGAGUUUCUAAUUAAAUAUUAUUUGAUGUUUGCAGAAAUUUGAAUUCAAUGUCUAACUUUUGUGUGUAAAAGGUAAUUCAUUGCAAAAAUACUACACAAAAACCAUGUGUAGGUACUAUUGCUAAGGUUUAAACACAAUAUGAAAUAAUGUAUAUUUGACAAGCUUAGCUUUUGGGAAAAAUAAGCCAUAUUGUUAAUUGUGAAUAUUAUUAAACAAUUUAAUUGAGAAUUUGAAGGAGUGAUGAUUAACAAAAAAUAAAAAAUUGAAUUGCCUAA